AUGCCAUCAUACGAACUCGAAUAUCCAAAGCAGCCUUUCAGCACCGUGAAUCGAUACAACAAUCGAGCCUCAUACUCCUUACAGCAGAUUCACCAGAUUAUAAACACGACGCACUUUGUCAAUGUAUCGUUUACGGACCCAACCUCGCCCUUUCCCGUCACCAUCCCCAUGAUUGGGCAAAUGGGCUCGUUUACCCGACCCAGCGCAGACACGGGCGACGUCUUGGAUCUAUAUCUGCACGGCUACAUUUCUUCCCGACUGCUCAAUACGUCGCGGAGCAGCAGCAACAACAACACGGACAGCAACGGCGGCGACCAGGAGAAAGAAAAAGAAGAAGGACUUGCCAUUACCGUCUCGGCCACGCACGUAGACGGCCUCGUCCUAUCCCUGACGCCCAACAGCCACUCUUACAAUUACCGCAGCGCGGUGCUCUUUGGGCGCGCCGUGCCCGUGACGGACCCCGCCGAGCGGCUGUGGGCCAUGGAGCUCAUCACCAACGGCGUGGUGCCGGACCGCUGGCGCCAGAGCCGCCUGCCGCCGACGGCGGGGGAGCAGGCCAGCACGGGCGUGCUGCGCGUGGCGGUCGCGGCCGGCAGCGCAAAGAUCCGCAGCGGCAUGCCGUCCGACGACCGCCACGACCUCGACGACGCCGAGCUCCGGGCCCGCGUCUGGACCGGCGUCGUGCCUGCCUGGUCGCACUUUGGCGAGCCGUUGCCCGCUCCGGAUAAUCGCGUCGCCGCCCUGCCAGAGUACCUCGGCGGGUUUGUUCGUGAUUCCAAUGAGGUGGCUCGGGAGAAGGCGCUCGAGCAGGCUGCCAAGACCAUGAGGCCCAAGAAGGAGGAGAGCUGA